CAUCACGCUGUUUGUAUAGGAAGUAUUGGAAUGACCUGACAGGCUGACACGCUUCUCAUUAAGUCGUCUCACUCGUGACAGAAUGCGUAAUCCUGCGUGAUUUAGGUCAAACCACAGAUUGUGAUUCACAGCGUCUAAAUACAUGGAGUUUAUCAACAAUGAAGGAAAAGAGCGCAACGGAACCUCUAAAGUUGCCGUCGAUCUACCACAAUUCAGCUACUAGUGAUGAACUUUGAAAAGCAAUGUUGAAGCAGAAUCAGCCCAAAUGCGUGCUCUUCUCUUAGUGUUGUUUUGCACCGUUGCUCUGCAAUGGGAUCGUGUCAGCUGCCAGAAAACUGUUUACCAGUCAAACACACACCUCGUCCCUCAUAGGAAUGUUUGGCGUUCAGACAGACCUGCAGAAGGUACACCGAACCGCAAUGGAGACGAGUGUGAUGUGGUGAUGAACCUGUCUGCCAGUCAGAGAUGUGAGUUUGUGAAAAAUACACCGGACUGUGCUUCAGAUGAAGGGUUCAUCAAAUACCCUGUGGUCACCUUUUGCCUGUUCCCACCUAAUCUGCUGCCCCUAGCCAUCACACUCUAUGUCCUCUGGCUGUUUGUUCUGUUCCUUGUUCUUGGGCUGAUUGCAUCAGACUUCUGAUCUGGACCUUCGCUAUCAACACAGCAGGAUUUUAUCAGAUCCCCAAAGCGACACCUUCGAUGACGUAGUGUCGAGAGACCGACUCGAGAGGGAACGUCUCCGGUUACCUAAUGUGACUUCAGUUCCCUGAGAGACACUGC